GGUGUGAUUGGGAUGGGUUUAAGGACUUCACCUUAUCUUUAAAUGUUGGAAUGUAGUUCUUGGAUUUGCCGUCCAAUCUUGUUUGUGUCAAAGCAUAUACUACAAGCAAGGCAUAUCCUUAGCAUCCACUUUUACAAAAACACAGCAUCAAACAGCGACCUUCAUCAUCACAAACUCUCAAAUUUAUGGACAAUACAAUCGUAGUUCUAGUCACUGGAUGCGCCAAAGGCGGCAUUGGCUACGAAUAUUGCAAGGCAUUUGCCGAACAUGGCUGCAUUGUCUUCGCCACUGACGUCCCUCACCGUGCCCACCAACUCUUCAACGAAAGUUUCUCCACAAUCCAAACACUUGAACUCGAUGUUACAUCUGAUGAAAGUGUAGAAAAAGCCGUACAGACCAUAAUUUCAAAGCACGGGCGUAUUGAUAUCUUGGUAAACAAUGCAGGGAUUGGUAGCAGUGGUCCGCUUGCCGAGCUUCCGUUGGAGGCUGUAAGGAAGACUUGGGAAGUCAACACGCUUGGCCAGCUGAGAAUGGUGCAGCAAGUUGUACCCCAUAUGGCAUCUCGCGGCAGCGGAGUCAUUGUAAAUGUUGGUAGCGUUGUAGGAAAUGUACCAACACCGUGGGCAGGGUCGUAUUGUGCUAGUAAAGCAACUGUCCAUGCUAUGUCGCACGUGCUGCGGCUCGAGCUGAGGCCGUUUGGGAUUGACGUAGUGUUGGUGAUGCCUGGGGCAAUAAGGUCGAAUUUUGGGAGUGCUACAGUUGAGAAUGUGAAAAGUCAAGAAUGGAAACUUUACAAGAAAUAUAAAAAAAGUAUAGAAGAAAGGGCAAAUGCAUCACAGAGUGGGAACUCAACUGAUGCAGGGAUCUUUGCAAGAGAUGUUGUGAACAAAGUGUUGAGGAAGAAACCACCAAAGCAAAUUGUUUCUGGGCAUUUGAGUGGUUUGUUGUCUAUUCUUUCUUGGCUUCCACUUUGGGUUAGAGAUCUUUACUUUUCUUAUCGCUUCAACUUGAAUCAAAAGGUAACAUUCACAAAAGACGAUUAAUGAUUAACAUUAAAGUCGUAUGCUAUCGGUGUUUACACAUUUGCACAUCUUUGAAGAGUAUCAGAGCAAAUUUCAAUGUAUGUUUCGAUCGUUUAGGAUUGAAAAAACUUUCUAAUUUAUGAUUUGUUGUAUAAGCUUAUAGUUUAAUGUAUCAGUGCUUGAAAAUAAAAUAUCGCACAAAAUGCACAUGUCCUUUUAUAUAUAAAAGGAUUAAAAACGUUAAAAUACAAGCACUUACUUAUCCUUACUUGUUGAAGAAAUAUAGGGCGAAAACAAUAGCAAGGAGAAGGAAAUUCAAAACAGAUGUACAAAAAGCAUCCAUACUCAAUCAUCUACUCGAUAAUUGUUCGACAUGAAA